UCAUACUGAUCUCAAGCACCAUUACAUGACCAAGAAACAAAACAAGUAGAUUAUGGACAUGUGUUUAGCUUUUAGAUUAGCAAUUCUGCUAACUCCUAUGAUAAGCUUAGCAACCAGCAGCGAUGAUGUUGGUUUCAUCUACAAUGGAUUCCGGUCAGCUAAUCUAAGCCUUGAUGGCAUCGCACAGUUCACUUCCAAUGGACUCCUUAAGCUCACCAAUGCAACCCACCAACAACAAGGCCAUGCCUUCUACCCUCACCUUGUAAACUUCAUGAACUCAACCAAGGGUUCUGUUUCUUCCUUCUCUACCAACUUUGUCUUCGCAAUUACUUCCGAAUACCCGACUAUCAGCGGCCACGGAAUCGCUUUCGUGAUUUCACCAACCAUGGGCCUUCCUGGAGCUCUUCCAAGCCAGUAUCUAGGGCUCUUCAAUGACACCGACAAUGGCAAUAGAAGAAACCACGUUGUUGCUGUAGAACUCGAUACCAUACAAAGUAGAGAAUUUGGUGACAUCAAUAACAAUCACGUUGGGAUCGAUAUUAAUGGUUUAAGGUCUAUUGCAUCUACUCCAGCUGGAUAUUACGAGGAUGGCAGCCGUCAGCUUAGAAACCUGAGUAUGAUCAGUGGGAAAAGGAUACAAGUUUGGGUCGAAUAUCAUGGUCUGGAGAAGCGAAUGGAUGUUACUUUAGCUCCAUUUAAGGUUUCCAAACCCAAGAGUCCACUUUUAUCUACGCAUCUUGAUAUUUCUUCAAUCGUUAACGAUGAGAUGUAUGUUGGUUUUUCAUCCUCAACUGGCUCUAUAUUCUCAUCUCAUUAUGUUUUGGGUUGGAGCUUUAAGAUGAAUGGUGAGGCGCAAGAGCUUACCCUGUCUCAACUUCCAAAGCUUCCUCGGCUUGGACCGAAGAAAAGAUCAAGGCUUUUGACAGUUGGGUUGCCUUUGAUUUUAGUGAGUAUGAUUUUGGUAGCAGUUUCAGGUGUAGUUUGUUUUUUGAGGAGGAAGAUGAAGUUUGCUGAAGUUGUUGAAGAUUGGGAGCUUGAGUAUGGGCCUCGUAGGUUCAAGUUUAAAGAUCUAUAUAUUGCUACAAAAGGAUUCCAGGACAAGGAGCUAUUGGGUGCUGGUGGAUUUGGAAGAGUCUAUAGAGGUGUUCUUCCAACCAGCAAACUAGAGGUUGCAGUGAAAAGAGUCUCACAUGAAUCGAGACAAGGGAUGAAGGAAUUCGUAGCGGAAAUCGUUAGUAUGGGCGGUCUCCAUCACCGGAAUUUAGUACAAGUCCUAGGAUAUUGCCGGCGUAAAGGCGAGCUACUCUUGGUCUAUGACUACAUGCCUAAUGGAAGCCUUGACAACUACUUGUAUGACCAACCAAAGGUCACCCUUAAUUGGGUACAAAGAUUCAGAAUCAUCAAAGGUGUAGCAUCAGGAUUGUUUUAUUUACAUGAAGAAUGGGAGCAAGUUGUGAUUCACAGAGAUGUCAAGGCCAGCAAUGUUUUGCUUGAUGAUGAGUUAAAUGGAAGAUUGGGAGAUUUCGGGCUUGCUAGAUUAUAUGAUCAUGGAACUGAACCACAAACAACUCAUGUUGUGGGCAGUCUUGGCUAUAUGGCUCCAGAGCAUACUCGAACCGGGAAAGCCACACCCUGCACCGAUGUGUUUGCUUUUGGGGCAUUUCUGCUUGAAGUUGCCUGUGGAAGAAGGCCAAUAUCUCAAUCUCCAACAGAAGAUUUCAUUUUGGUUGACUGGGUCUUUUCUUACUGGUGCAAAGGUGAUAUUGUGGAGGCCAAGGAUCCAAAUUUGGGUUCAGAUUAUGUGACUGAGGAAGUUGAGUUGGUUUUAAAACUCGGGUUGAUCUGCUCCCACUCGGAGCCUGAAGCAAGGCCGAGCAUGCGCCAUGUUGUUCAGAUUUUGGAAGGGGAUAUUCCUUUCCCGGAAAUAUCAUCACUUGGUCUGUGUUCUAGUGGCCUAACAUUUACCCAUCGUGAAGGCUUCCAUGAUUUUGGCAUGUCGUAUACAUCUUCCACUGACAAGAGAUUCUCCCAUUCAUCUGCUGCGGCGUCUCAAUUUUCAGGAAGUCGAUGA